UUUCUUAAACUCAUAAUAUCUUUUGACAAACAGUCGAAUGUAUAGUUGACAACUGAGGCCCUAACUUUGUCAGAAGUGCUCGCGGAUAACAAACUAAAUAAAUAGUUAGCAAUGAAGCUAAGAUCGGUGCCCCACCAACUGUGUAUCGUAAGAUACUUCUCGAGGCACAAAGACACUAUAAUGGCUGAGGAACUCCGAAUUCUUCAGGCUCAAGCUGACCUUGCUGAAGGAAGGUUUGUUCGGAAAGACGGGAGAGAUUUUAAUUCGCACAGGCCAUUAGAGGUGACCCUUGAUCCAAUAAAAACCGCGGACGGUUCCUGUCUCGUCCGUUUUGGUAAUACCUGCGUACUAUGUGGGCUGCGAGCUGAAAUAGCUGAAAAGCAGCUGGGCGAUCCAUUCCAAGAUAUAAACAUCAGUGUUCAAGCACAACUACCCUUCAAGAAUAUCGGGGCUUCUGGCCCGUCUGAAGAGGAGCAAGCACUCUCCCAACGAUUGCAGGAUAUUCUUCUGUCCUGUUCCGCUUUUCCAUCGCGAAGAAUCUCAGAACGAUUCUCAUGGUUAUUGCAUGUCACAAUAACCUGCCUGGAUUCUGAUGGCAAUCUUCUAGGGGCAAGUUUAGCCGCUAUAUCUGGUGCACUCUCAUGUCUUAAAUUGCCAGCGGCACGCCACGACGAGGAGGAAGACACACUUGUCGUGGGAAACAACUACGAAAAAGUGGCCCUAGUUGAACUGCCGAUUGGAGUGACAUUUGGUAUAAUCAACAAGUCUCUUGUUGUCGAUAUGACGCACGAAGAACAGCUUCUUGCAAGGGGUGAAAGCUGUGUGGUGUUGGAUUCGAAGGGCGAAGUAGUUCAUUUGGCUAAAUUGGGAGGCGUACCGAUGCCAGCGACAGAAAUUGCUACUAUGCUCUCAAAAGCCCUAGAACACGCCAAAGAGAUACGGAAUGUUCUAAAGUAAUUGAGGAUGUAAAUAUACACUUCAUUUUGGAAUUUUACCUAAAUUGUACACUUUUAGGUAAAAACGAAAGCUAAUAUACUGUCCAUUGCUUUUUUAUGUCCUGUUUCUGUACAUUUUUUUUUCCGUAGAAGUUUGUUAGUUUAUUAAGUUAUAUCUUAAUAUACUAUAUCUAUAUAGUCUUC